AUGGCGCCAACUCCUUAUCGUAUGAAAGGCGUUGCACUCAUCACUGGCGCUGCAUCAGGGAUCGGCCGCGCGGUCGCGCAUACUUUUGUCGCCGAGGGAUGCACACGGCUUGUUCUGGCAGAUCUCAAUGGAGAUGGCCUUCAGGAUGUUGCGAGAGAGCUGAAGGCACUGGAUUCCGUUGUACAAACGUGUCUGGUCACAUGUGAUGUUUCCGAGGAGUCUCAAGUUCAAGGAAUGAUCGAUGAAGGAGUGGCAGCAUUUGGUGCGAUUCAUUAUGCAGUCAACAAUGCUGGUAUCUCGAGCAAACCUAGAGUCAGAACUCAUGAGCUUGAGGUAGAAUCCUACGAUCGAGUGCAUAGCGUCAAUCAAAGAGGCGUGUGGCUCUGCGAGCGAGCAGAGUUGAGGCAAAUGUUGAAGCAGGAACCAGAGCUCCGUUCAAGGGCUGGUACCACUCCUCAGAGAGGGUCGAUUGUGAACAUAUCUUCGAUUUUUGGUCGUGUUUCGCAUGGCAACGUCGGAGCGUAUGGUGCCUCGAAAGCAGCAGUUCUUGGCAUCUCGCGAACGGACGCUUGCGCUUAUGGUAAAGAUGGAAUUCGGGUUAACUCGGUCUGUCCUGGAUAUAUCAGAACACCUCUGCUGGACCAUCAAAUAAAAAUCGGUACUUAUCCGGAAGAAAUGAUCAAAUUGAUCCCGCUUGAGCGAUGGGGGCUUGCCGAGGAAAUAGCUGAGGGAGUUGUGUUUCUUGCAAGCGAAAAAGCGAGUUUCAUUACGGGAGAGGAACUUUAUAUCGAUGGAGGGUCGGUGGUGAAAUGCCACGGAUGA